AUGAGUUCGGGUCGUAUCGCGGCCUAUUCGGCCAUCGGCUUGUCAGCCUUCUCGGUUGCUCUUCUCCUCUGCACUCUUCCACAACUCAUCAACAAGAUCACCGGCAUUCAAGCGCUUGUUGAUGCCGAUAUGGAUGAGUUCAAGAGAGCCGAAUACGGAAUUGGAGCUCAAUACAAGAAGGCUUUCCCUGUGCCGGCUCCUCGUCGUGAGCGCCGCGCAGCUAUGGGACAAUGCUGCUGCAAUGAGCACAACCAGUGCCCACCUGGUGCCCCCGGACAACAGGGACAACCUGGAUACCCUGGAGAGGAUGGAUCUCCUGGAGAGGCUGGAAGACCUGGACUCGCUGGAAACUACCCGGACAUCGCCUACGAUCACUACAACAACUGCCGAAUCUGCCCCAACGGACCACCUGGACCACCUGGAACCCCAGGACAACAGGGACCACAAGGAGCACAGGGAAGCAAUGGAGCUCCUGGAGGAUGUGCCGAGGAUGGAGCUCCUGGACCACCUGGAUUCCCUGGAGAGCCUGGACGCCCUGGAAGCGAUGGAAGACCUGGAGGCCCUGGAGCACCUGGAGAGAACGGAAGUCAAGGAGGACGUGGACCCCGAGGAUCGCCUGGACCCCGUGGAGAGAAUGGAGGACCUGGAGCUCCUGGAAACGAUGGAGCACCUGGAAACUCGGGAAGACCCGGAGGACAAGGACAACCUGGACGCCCAGGAGAGCAAGGAUCACAAGGACAACCCGGAUUCCCCGGUGGAUCUGGAGGACCUGGAGGACCUGGAAUCGAUGGAGGAUAUUGCCCCUGCCCACGCAGAAGACAU